AGAAAUAGAAUCCCCACGGAAACCCCACGGAGACAUAGAACAAAAUAAGAAGCCAUACCCUACAAAACAGCUAAUCCGAACCCCAGUUCUUUGGCAGAUAUUUCCCUAUUAAAAGCUGUCAAUUCUUUUUCUUUUUUCUAAUAUAAAUCCUUUCCUCUUUCGUUUUAUCUCCAUUUCUUAACGGUUACUUUAUCACCCUUUUAACGGCUAUUACUACAUUUCCUUCAUCUUCCUUCACAUAGCAGAGUGAGAAAAAACAGGGGAAGCGGAAGAAGCCGUUUGUUUGGUUUUUAGGCAAAAACCCAGAUGGAUUUUAGUUCCUUUUUAACGUCCUUAGGGACGUCCUUUAUAAUAUUCAUAGUUUUGAUGCUGCUCUUUGCUUGGAUUUCGACAAGGCAAGGAAACGCGGUGGUGUAUUAUCCAAACCGGAUCUUGAAAGGUUUGGAACCCUGGGAAGGCGGGUCAAGGACACGAAACCCUUUUGCUUGGAUAAGGGAAGCCUUGUCUUCUAGUGAACAGAAUGUCAUCAGCAUGUCUGGGAUUGACACUGCCGUCUACUUUGUGUUCUUGAGCACUGUGUUGGGAAUAUUGGUUUUGUCUGGCAUUGUUCUGCUUCCAGCUCUUCUGCCUGUUGCUGCAACUGAUGAUGGUGUAAAGAAACACUCAAAGACAGCAAGCAAUGUGACUUUCAGUGACCUUGACAAGUUGUCAAUGGCAAAUAUUGAAGAGAAGAGUCCAAGGUUGUGGGCAUUCGUAAUAACCACCUACUGGGUCUCUGUUGUCACCUAUUUCCUUUCCUGGAAGGCUUACAAACAUGUUUCCGCACUGAGAGCUAAUGCUUUAAUGUCUCCUGAAGUGAAACCUGAGCAAUUUGCUGUUCUUGUUAGAGACUUGCCGGAUGUCACUCAAGGUCAAACUAGAAAGGAGCAGGUUGAUUCAUAUUUUAAAUCUCUCUAUGCUGAGACAUUCUACAGAUCAAUGGUGGUCACAAACAACAAAGAGGUUGACAAAAUCUGGGGAGAGUUGGAAGGAUAUAAAAAGAAGCUUGCACAUGCAGAAGCAAUAUAUGCGGAGUCCCAGAAGAAAGGCAGCUCAGCAGGGACAAGGCCAACCAACAAAACUGGCUUCCUUGGUCUCUGUGGUAAAAAGGUUGACAGCAUAGAAUACUACACUGAAAAGAUCAAUGAACUGACACAAAAAUUGGAAGCUGAACAAAAGGUGACCCUCCGGGAAAAGCAGCAACAAUCUGCUUUGGUUUUCUUUACCAGCAGGGUAACUGCAGCCUCGGCUGCUCAAAGUCUACAUGCCCAGAUGGUUGACAGAUGGACAGUUACGGAAGCUCCUGAACCUCGUCAACUUGUAUGGAGCAAUCUGAGUAUCAAGUUUUUUGAAAGGAUAAUACGACAAUAUAUCAUUUACAUUGUCGUGUUUCUGACUAUAGUUUUUUUUAUGAUUCCAAUUGGUUUUAUUUCUGCGCUCACAACCCUUGCGAAUCUGAAAAAAUAUCUCCCAUUCUUGAAGCCCAUUGUUAAGCUGGAUGCAAUUAGGACAGUAUUGGAGGCAUAUCUUCCCCAGCUUGCACUCAUUAUAUUUUUGGCAUUAUUACCAAAGUUUCUUUUGUUUCUCUCCAAGACUGAGGGAAUUCCUUCUGGGAGCCACGUAGUAAGGGCUGCAUCUGGGAAAUAUUUUUAUUUCACUGUGUUCAAUGUUUUCAUUGGUGUUACUGUUGGUGCAACUUUGUUCAGUACAUUCAAGUCCAUCGAGAAGGAUCCUAACAGCAUUUUCGACUUGCUGGCAAAAAGCCUCCCCGGCAAUGCAACUUUCUUCCUGACAUUUGUGGCUCUAAAGUUCUUUGUCGGUUAUGGGCUUGAGCUUUCUCGAAUAGUUCCUCUAAUCAUAUAUCAUCUGAAGAGGAAAUAUCUUUGCAAGACUGAAGCCGAGUUAAAAGAAGCUUGGUUUCCUGGAGAUCUUGGCUAUGCCACUAGAUUUCCUGGUGACAUGCUUAUCCUCACCAUUGUUCUCUGCUACUCAGUUAUUGCGCCUGUGAUUAUCCCAUUCGGAGUGCUUUACUUUGCCCUGGGUUGGCUUAUUCUCCGGAAUCAGGCACUCAAAGUUUAUGUUCCAGCAUAUGAGAGCUACGGAAAGAUGUGGCCUCACAUGCAUACACGAGUCAUCGGUGCCCUGCUGUUAUACCAAGCUACUAUGUUGGGUUACUUUGGGGUCAUGAAAUUCUACUAUACUCCCAUCCUAAUUCCACUUCCCAUAUUGUCUCUGAUCUUCGCCUAUGUCUGUAGACAGAAAUUCUAUAAGGCUUUUUCUCACACAGCUCUGGAAGUUGCUUGCCAAGAAUUAAAGGAAACUCCUCAGAUGGAACAGAUAUUCAAAUCCUAUAUCCCGCCAAGCUUGUGUUCUGAGAAGCAAGAAGAUGAACAGUUUGAAGAUGCUUUAUCUCAAGCUUCAAGAACAGGAUCGUUUGUUUGAUGUAUAUUUUCUGUAUUUCCACUGAGAUAACCUGGUAUUUAUUGUCUCAAAGCACAACUCUUCUGAAACUUAGGUUGUCUGUUGAUAAUAUGCUUUAGGGAACCAUGCUGUUAGAUUGUUUGCUUGUAACAUAAUCAUGUCCUUCCAAUCGUUAGCUUGAAUUUCUUUACUUGGCAUUUCAUUUCUUUCAGCUUGGAUGGGCUCGAAUUGCAACCCUAUUGACUGCAAUUUUAUCAGCUUCCUCCAUUUUUAUUCA